AUCCAAUACACCCAUUUUAGUUAAACACAUUGAUGAAUGAUGAUUAUGAUUAGUACUAGUUACCAGUUGGUGUUAAAGAGAAAGAAAAGUUAAAGAGCAUUCUGAAAAAGUGAGAAAUUGGAGAGUAAGCACACAACACAACUGAGCAGCGGAGCGGACAUGAACUAGACCUAAUUAAGUACAGUGAAUUUCAUCUUUAAGAUCCGACCUGUCUCAUUAACCAUCCCACUCUCCCCACCACUUUCUCUUUCUUUCUUCAUUUUUCUCUCUUCCCUCUCCCCCUUGCCACCGCCAUCUCACCAAUCCAACAAAAAGGAUUUUGGAAGAAAAAACUGAUCUCAUGAGAGUGAAACCUUGAAAAUCUUCUUCACUUUGUAUUCUGAUUUUGAGUAAGAAAUGGCUAUUGCCGAUGAGAAAUCAAGUAAUGGGAAAGUAUGGAGUUUAUGUAAGAUGCCAUUUUGGCAAUCAGGAGGAAAUAAUAACAGUAAUGUAACUUCUUCAUCAACUUCUUCUUCCUCUACUUCACAACAACCACAACAUCAUCAUCAUCAUAACUAUAAUCAUAAUCAACAACAACAUGUUGUUGAAGGAUCAUCAAAUACUCAAUCAUCAAAUACAGUAAUUUCUGUUGCAAGAUCUUUAAUUCCUACUCGCCGUAGAUUGAGGCUAGAUCCAGCAACCAAACUCUAUUUCCCAUAUGAACCUGGUAAACAAGUAAGAAGUGCUAUAAAAAUUAAAAACACCUGCAAAUCCCAUGUAGCUUUCAAGUUUCAAACAACUGCGCCCAAGAGUUGUUUUAUGCGUCCACCAGGUGGAGUUCUUGCUCCUGGUGAAAGUAUUAUUGCAACUGUGUUCAAGUUUGUGGAGCACCCAGAGAACAAUGAGAAACCAGUUGAUCAAAAGAGCAGGGUCAAAUUUAAGAUAAUGAGUUUGAAGGUGACUGAGGGAAUAGACUAUGUGCCUGAGCUGUUUGAUGAGCAGAAGGAUCAAGUCGCGGUUGAGCAGAUCUUACGAGUUGUAUUCUUAGAUGUGGAUCGCCCUAGCCCUGCAAUGGAAAAACUAAAGCGUCAAUUAGCUGAGGCCGAGGCUGCACUUGAGGCACGGAAGAAACCACCAGAAGAAACUGGUCCACGUAUUGUUGGAGAAGGAUUAGUCAUAGAUGAAUGGAAAGAACGAAGAGAGAGGUAUCUUGCUCGCCAACAGGUUGAAGCUACUGAUUCGGUGUAAAUUGUUCGCAAGUGAUGAUGUUCUCUUUGGUCUAGGCUGAGAAGAUUUUCUUUAUUAUUGCGCAUGGAGAUAAUGAGGAAUGUGUCAUUUCUACUUCCUUCCCCCCUUUUGUUCUUCUUGUUGUUAUUAGGUUUAUUACAUAGCUGGGGAAGUGUAAUGUGUAAUUAAAGGGUUCAAGUGGCUGACAAUAACGUGUUUUGAGUUGACAAAGAUGUGAUCAAGAAAGAUGAACCUUAUACCUGAUGAUGAGAAUUUCAGAAAGAAAGAAAGAAAAAGAUGUCUGAUUCUCAGGGGUGUUAUAUGCCCCUUUCUACUUGUAGAUAGUGGGAUGUUUCAAUUUCUAUUCAAACAAAAAUAAAAUUCUUUUCUACGGUUAUUUAAAUCAACAAACGUAUUACCUCUUGUUUAA